AUGGAAUAUGCAGAGCCACUAUACACAUCAACAUUAAUAUAAAGUGAUGUUCUUAAACUUUCAGGAUACACAUAUACAUGGAAUAGUUAAUCAAACAAAUGCUAAGUUUGUACUAAAAAAGAUUAGCCAAAUGGUCCUAUCAAUAAUACAAUCAAUUAUACAAAUAACUCUAAUACAGCUUAAGGGUUAUUAUUAACAUUCAUCUUAGGCUAUUUGAUGAUUUGA